CCAAUAGAGAGCCGCCUGAAGGCUGGUUGGGGUGGUGAGGCCCGAGGCAGCUUCUGGAAUUUCUGAGCAGCCGUGGUCAGUACAAGAUGGACCCAGUAGUCUUGAGUUACAUGGACAGUCUACUGCGGCAAUCAGAUGUCUCACUAUUGGAUCCUCCAAGCUGGCUCAAUGACCAUAUUAUUGGGUUUGCCUUUGAGUACUUUGCCAACAGUCAGUUUCAUGACUGCUCUGACCAUGUCUGCUUCAUCAGCCCUGAAGUCACCCAGUUCAUCAAGUGCGCUAGCAACCCAGCAGAGAUCGCCGUGUUCCUUGAACCCUUGGACCUCCCUCACAAGAGAGUUGUAUUUUUAGCCAUCAAUGAUAAUUCCAACCAGGCAGCUGGGGGAACCCAUUGGAGUCUGUUGGUUUAUCUCCAAGAUAAAAAUACCUUUUUUCAUUAUGAUUCUCAUAGUAGGAGCAACUCAGUCCAUGCAAAGCAGGUAGCGGAGAAACUAGAGGCUUUCUUAGGCAGAAAAGGAGACAAAUUGGCCUUUGUGGAAGAAAAAGCCCCUGCUCAACAAAACAGCUAUGACUGUGGGAUGUACGUGAUAUGUAACACUGAGGCCUUGUGUCAGAACUACUUCAGGCAAGAGCCAGAAUCACUGUUGCAGCUACUCACUCCUACGUACAUCACAAAGAAGAGAGGAGAAUGGAAAGAUCUCAUUGCCACACUUGCUAAAAAUUAGCUGUUGAAAUAUAUUUGUGACUUUUGAAGUCUCCUCUUUCUGCCUCUCCCCAUGUAUUGGAUGGCUGCAACCUCAGUGCCUGAGGGAAGAUGCCUGGUAGAGGAAAGGUUAGAAUUCUUACUUUUUCCUGAGAGAAUGUUAUCCUCUGCAUUAUCCUAAUGGAAAGUUUCACUUUAACCCUAACUUGAGAGCAAUAUGUUCUGUGAAAAUAUCUUGAAAAUAUGCACCAAAACCUUAAAACCAAGCUAUCUUAACACUUAUUAAUUCCCUUUUGGUCUCCCUUAUCAACAUUGGCUUAUUCCAAAGGAAAAGCAGUGAUCGGUAAAACAAAUUAAGACUAUGUGAAGUCUAGAAUGCAAGAAGAAAAUUAUAGAAGAACCAAAAACUUAUUGCACAGCCCACAUAUAUUUUUUUUGUCAGAAGUGAUUUGACAUAACAUGACCUAUAACUAAAUAAACAAUUUAAAAACCGUAUGCCAACUCACUGUGCUAUUCUGUUGAUUUUUAGUUAGUGCCUAGUGACAUGUAAAAGGAUUGUUUU